CAUGCGGUUGGUUGUCUCCGCGGUUGUCACUCUAGCUAGCAAGCGAGACAGAAACUUGGGCGUCCUUUGAAACUACUGCAAAGAUGGUUGUGAAAGCAGUCUGCGUGCUGAAAGGAGCCGGCGAGACCAGCGGGGUGGUUCAUUUCGAGCAGGAGGGUGAUACAGCGGCUGUGAAGCUGACCGGUGAAAUCAUAGGCCUCACUCCUGGAGAGCAUGGAUUCCAUGUCCAUGCUUUUGGAGACAAUACAAAUGGGUGCAUCAGUGCUGGCCCUCACUUCAAUCCCCACAACAACACUCAUGCAGGUCCUACUGAUGAACAGAGGCAUGUUGGAGACUUGGGGAAUGUGACUGCUGGUGGAGAUAAUAUCGCCAAAAUAGACAUCACAGACAAGAUAAUCACCCUCACUGGCCAAUACUCCAUCAUUGGCAGAACCAUGGUGAUCCAUGAGAAGGCCGAUGACCUGGGAAAAGGAGGCAAUGACGAGAGUCUAAAGACAGGCAAUGCUGGAGCACGUCUGGCCUGUGGUGUCAUUGGCAUCGCCCAGUAAACACUCCGCCAGAACACCCAGCACUGGAAAACAGCUUUCCCAACAGCACUUGAUAAGACCAACAUAGCUACUUAAUGUGACAGUUUGUCCUUUUCAAUACUCGGUGGCUUUGUGUUGACUAGUCAGGAGAGUAGAAGAGCCAUGCAUUACCCCGUUUGUUCCACAUGACAAUUGUAUGUAUGGGUUUAUGUGUCUGCUGAUUUAGUUUUGGUCCCAUAGAAUAUGUAACGCACAAGUAAUAAAAAGAUCUAUACAAUUUACAAA